GCCGGAUACUCACUACUACGGUAUGGGACUAUGGAGAAUGAGUUGCGUGCGCGCAUUAAUACUGAACUGCAGUUCGCCGCUUAUAAAAAGGAAUGCAGCGAGAUGAAGCUAUUACUGGAAACCUACAACCAAAACAUUAUGGCUGUACAGGCUAAAAUCGAGGCACAGACAGUGGAAUUGGCUGCAUUACGAGAUAGAGCAGGAACCAUCACGCGAUCCCGAAUAGACACGAAAAACCAUAAAGAAAGCAUGACAACAGCAGUUGAAUCAGGAAUGCAAAAAAUAGGUGUUCUUCAGGCAAGGGAGAAGCACAAUCGAUCUCGAAUAAAUGAGCUCCUCGCAACAACAGAAAAUCUAAAAUUGAAGGUUGAACAAGGCCCCGGCUGGUCAGACGAACAAGAGGCUCACAGACAGCGUAUCAUGGAGCAGAUAGAGACUUUAACAGUUAGUAUUGAGUCCAAAAAAGUAUUGUCGUUGGCCUUGCAAUCAGACACCAAGAGAUUGCAUCAAGUUGUUGAUCGAGAAGAGCUAGCUCUAGAACAAGAGCGCGCUCACAUCAAUGAAAUCUAUGCGCAGGUCGAGGUCAGACGUGGAGAAGCUAGGCAAGAACAGCGUAAAAAAUUGGCGCUUGAUGAACGGCUUCAGCAGGUCCAAGUAGAAGUAGGACAUCACUCAGCAGUGUCGAGAGAGCUAGCAAACGGUGAAAAUGUGGAAGAAACGGAGAUCGCAGACACAGAGGCUCAUUUGUUCAAGUCCAAGCAAGAGAUGGAGCUGAAUCUUAAGGAAUAUGAGAAGCUGUUUAAACUAACACAGCAACUGACAGAACAACUGGAGUCCUUGAUGUACGCAAAUGAGACAACAGAGAAUGAUAAUGAGUUGCUGCGCCACCAUGUUACUGAAAUGGAACAACGUGUAACUUCUCUAGCUGCCAAAGUGAAGCAGACAACAAAAGCCAAGGAGUCAAUGCUUAAGAAGCUCUCUGCGGUAGAACAAUUGCAUGAGCGUGGAGCAACAGAGCGCGAAGGACUACGUGCAAGUAUCAUGCGACUAGAAACCUGUGAAAUUCGACUGGCCCGGCGUGAAGGAGAAACCUACAAAAAGCAGCUCGAAGAUCUUGGUCGAGAACAUGAGAUACUUAGCCGAAAUUUUGGUACAUCGGAGACAACAUCACAACUCAUAUUUGACCUGAUGAAAGUCAACCAGAACGCAAAAAAGAAUCUUCAGAAUGAGAUACAAAGUUACACUAGAAACAUAAAGUUACAGCGGGCACAGAUAGAGGACCUCGUGCAAGAAAAUGAGCGUCAUGAACGAGAGACAAAGGGAGCUUCUCGCAAGUACUAUGUUGCACUUGAACAGCUCAAACUGCAAGAGGUGCAAAUCUCCGAAAUACACCACAAGAUAAUCGAUGAUGGAUCUCGGUUGAAGCAGCAAAAAAAUUUAUAUGAUACAGCACAGUGUGAUAAAAACCUGAAUUCCAAAAGCCUUGUCAAGUCGCAAGAAUUGAUAGCAGACCUGCAACGUCAAUUUAAAAUCAUGAGCCACCAAAUUGAGCAAUUAAAACAGGAAAUCACUACAAAGGACCGCAAUCUUGUGAAGGAACAUUUCAAUCACCACAAUGUUGUGAAGGAGUGCGAGUUCUUGGGGAAUGAGCUCACGAAAAUAAGGAAACAAAUUGUGUCAAGCGAACAGAUAUUAUUGAACCAACGCACCGAAAUACAAAAACUUACCCAAAUCACGCAGGAGGCUGACGAGGAGCGCCAGCGCCAGCGCAAAGAAUAUGAUGCUCUUGUUGGCGAACAUGAGAUACUCAGUUCUCAACUAACUCAGCGCAACCACGAACUUGGCUUGGUCUAUGCAAAAAUAAAGGCGCACUGGUCCAUUCUGCAGCGUGGCGAGUCCUACUAUGCUGAAAAGGCAACCGAGCUUCGACUUUUAACUAAGCAUGUCCAGGACAGACAACGCAAGCGCCAUGAUUCUGCAGUUCAAAUGAUCUCAAUUAAAGAUCUUCAACAGACACACCUCAAUCUCGAAAGGAAGUUACUACACGAGCGCCAUAAGAAUAAGGCUCUUCGAGACAAACUGGAGCGCCCAAUCAAUGUGCAUCGCUGGAGAAUCCUGGAGUCUUCAGAUCCUCAACGCUUUGAGAUGUUAAAAGCAAUUCACAAUCUUCAGAAACAAAUUGUUCUGAAAACAGCGGAGAUAUUGGAGAAAGAUUCAUUGAUUCAAAAUAAGGAACGCGCGUACAUCAAGCUUAAAAAGCUCCUUAGCCGGCAGCAUGGUCACCAAGCCAUGGACCGACUAGUCGCCUACAAAAAUAACCUCAGGGAGAAAAGAGAUCAAAUGAAGGCAAUGAUGGUGGAGCUUAAAAUGUAUCAGCAACAAGUUGCUACGUUUCGCAGUGAAAUUGAUAGCAUUUCUUGCAUUCUGGAUACUGCCAAAGCAGAGUGGAUACGAGGGCGCCUAGCAGACCGGUGA